GUUUGUUUCCGCUAUACAUGUGCCGAGGACCAGCAGGUCGCCGAGUGAUACCCAAGGUCCUAUUUGAGCAUGAUAGCAAGAUUAGGCCAUCAAGUCACAGGGGUAAUGCCGAAGAUCUCUGACACGAGCAGAAGGCCAGAAAGGCUGCUGCUCGUCGAAAGGGUAUCCACGGUACUGAUACCUUAUCAGCAACCUCGAUGGUCCCCUGCUUGAUUUCAUGCAUCCAGAGCCAACCGAGAAUCCAUCACAAUUCACGUUGCAACGUCUUUCACUAACCCCGGCUUCGAAUCACCAACCUUGAUCGUUUGCAAGACAGUUCUUCUUCCCCCUAGAUGGUCUUGCUCAUCGGGUUUUCUACUUGUUCUCGGGGACUUCUCAAUGCGCCCAUUCGCUUUCAGAGGCAUUGAGAUUUCAACGUCCCGAGGGAAGAACUGGUCCCCGUUCAAGCCUCCAGACACUAUUCUUCCAACAUGGCGACGGCACGGGCUCUUAUCGCUCGAACGCCCGUGAUAUCAGCUACAGCAAAAGGACCCGUCGUCAACCUAGUAUCAUGGGUCGCGUUGGCAACUUUGUGUCUGGCCGUUAUUACCGUCCUCAUCAGCAAGCUGGUGGUGUUGCGGAGGCUGAUGUGGGCAGAUAGCAUUAUCACGACGGCCAUGCUUUUUUCAAUCGGCUUCACCAUUGCGAUCAACAACCAGGUCAGCAAUGGGCUUGGGUCACUGCUCUCCAGUGUCUCACAAGAAGAAUAUGAGGGGUUUCAAAAAGCCGGCUAUGCUUGGAAUAUUUUGUACAUCUGGAGCUUGGCCUUGGGCAAGCUUUCAACAUUGUCACUUCUGAUUGCGUUGGCGCCAAACAAGUCAUAUCACCGAAUGCCCAUGCGGGCUGUGGGAGGUAUCAUCCUUGUGUGGGCGUUUACCGCGGUCUUUUCCAGCGCCUUUCAAUGCGAUCUACCACACCCAUAUCUGAUCACGACGGGUAAAUGUUUCAGCCAGACCGGCUUCUGGGAUGCGUUCGGAGUCAUCGACAUCCUCACCGACGUGGCCAUCAUGGCUUUGCCGAUGUUCUUGGUCUACAACUUGCAGCUUGUGACGAAGAAGAAGAUUGCUGUCUGCUUCGCUUUCUCGUUCAGAAUCGGUGCAGUCGCGUGUACGGUGUGGCGGCUGACUGAAAUCCAUCGCUUCUUCGAGCGUGGCACUGAUGUCACGUUCAACAGCUGGCUUCCCACGAUUGCGACGAUCCUCGAAGUGUUCUUCAGUGUUUUCUCUGCGUGCGUACCACAUCUACGACCCUUCAUGGACUCCAUCCAGGCAGGAUACUUGUCUGGAGUCGUCCAGGAAGAUGGACGCUUCGGAUAUGGAAAUGACAGUUAUCUUAUGGGCAAGACGGCUCAGAGCAAAGCCAUCUCGGCUGUCCGGAGUCAGGCACUUACGAGUGACGUUCGAGGCGAGAGCCUUGAUCUUCCUCGUCAAGGUACUACAUUGGCCGAUACGGGAGAACGUGGGAUUGGACAGGCGCUCACGAGCAGUUCCCGCGUCGUCAUCCACAGCGGACGUGGUGGCAAGGCGCAGAAGGACGAUAUGGAUCCAAGACCAGAGCGCAACAGGAGUGACAGUAUUAAUUCCAACGGGGGUCGAAGCGACGGAAGUGAUGGGAGCAAAGCGAUGAUUAUCAAAACUACGAAGGAAUGGAGCAUCUCCUAUCAAGACGCUUAGACCUAUAUAUUCUUGGAGAUUGUUCCCUGCAAAACGGAACAUGGGCCUGGUGGCGUGGGACAUUGGAAGGCGCUGGACGUUAUGCGGUGCGUCGGUGAUCCGGUUACACAAAAUGGGCCCGCAUUGGGAGGUGUGGAUGACCAGCAAAGGCGCAUGGGCCGUGAACACGACUAUGAUGGAUAGGCGGGACAGGACUUCUGUACAGAUAUG